AUGCGUUUGCCAACACCCACACACAUUACUCGUAUGAUGUCCACUUCGACUUUGCCCAAGCCGUCCGUGCCCCUCCUAAUCUCCGCCAAGGAGGCAGUUGCCGGUCUGCCCAACAAGCGAGACAUUGUCGCCUUAGAUGUGUCAUGGCACAUGCCCAACUCGCCGCGCUCCGCAACAGAGGAGUUUGCGAGCGGGCCGCGUAUCCCCGGAGCCCGCCGUUUCGACAUGGACAAGAUCGCCGACCAUGACCCAAAGACCAACCCGCUCGGAUUGGGCCACAUGCUCCCGACCAUCGAGACGUUUCGUGACGCGGCGGGCAAGCUUGGCAUCACCCGCCAUACCCACGUAGUUCUCUACGACUCUGUUGGACUGUUCUCGGCCCCCCGUGGCCUCUUUACUUUCAAGGCUUUUGGACACGACAAGGUUUCGGUGUUAGAUGGCGGAUUGCCAGCAUGGAUCGACGAGGGCGGAGACGUGGAACAGGGACCGCCCGAGGCCUUUAAGACGGCAGAGUACGAGAAUGGUCACCUCGACAAAGAGAUGGUCAAGAGUUACGCCGAUAUCGUCGCUAUUAAUAAGGAUGGGGAUAUUGUUCUCGAUGCGCGCUCGCACGGCCGCUUCACGGGCCAAGAUCCCGAACCUCGUCCCGGAUUGUCCAGCGGCCACAUGCCGCACGCGCGCUCGCUGCCUUUUGGCGAUCUUCUCCUCCCGGUAUCGGACGGACAUCCGUACACUUCCUACAAGAGUCCCAAGGAACUGCGCCAGGUCCUCGUCCGCGCUGUUGGUGGUGAGGAGGCGUGGGAGGCCCUCCUUAAUCAGGGGGCUGAUGUUGCGGGCACAGCGGUUGAGCGCCAGUUGGUCUUUUCUUGCGGGUCGGGGAUGACUGCGUGCGUGGGGUGGCUUGCAGCGCAGAUUGUCGCCCAGGAAGAAGGCCGGGUUGUUCCCUCCGCGGUCUAUGACGAGAGCUGGACGGGAUAUGCCAGUCGGCCCGAGAGCGAGAUUGUCAAGGGCGAGUAG